AUGACUCGGGCAGGCCGCCCCGGCGUUCACAGUCCCAGCCCGACCACGGACAGCAGCAACUACAGCACCGCGAGCGAAGAGAAUAGCUCCACGAGUAGCUCGGAAAGUGAAACCUACGUGGCGGAAUCGCGACAAGUUGUCACCGACCUUGCAAUAAGCGAAAACCCUCCCAUAACCAACGACGUGCUCGUCACCAAGUGCAUUUGCAGUCCGGCUACACUCUGCUGGGAAGCCACUAUAUUUCUUUUCGCCUUCUUGCUCGCAGCAGCCGUCAUUAGCACAUUUGUCUGGGCGUCGGCUCCGGAAACACCGUCGCUGAUAGUGUCGCUUCUGUCUUUAGGCCCGAGAUCAAAAUCCAGCGAUGUAGACUUGUCUUCCACAGCGGAAGAAGCCGCGGAUGUUGCCAUCCCUUGGGGACCCUGCGUGUCGGCCGCUUGUCUGGAGCAGUCCCGUAUUGUUCUGCGACAGCUUAACAGCUCAGUGGACCCCUGCGACGACUUCUACGAGCACGUCUGUCGCAACUGGAUUGAGGCUCAUCCGCUGAAACCCGGUCAGGAGAGCCUGUCUACCGAUGAUAUCAUGGAAGAGACCUACGGGAAUAUGCUCGUCGCGGCUAUCAAAGACAAGCGCACGGAAUACGCGGAGCUGCGCUUCCUGUUCCGCGAGUGUCUCUCUCCGAGGCCGCGGGUUUACCACGACCUGCUGGAUCUCUUCAGGGAAUCGCUUGGCGUCGCUCAACUGAACGCAACGUGGGAGAAGUACGUCUCGUCCACUCAGCUCUCGGUCAUCCUUGGUACGGCGAAUCGACUCCUGGGCAUUGACGCUGUCUUCAAAAUCUCGAAGAUGUUCUUUUUCAUUUCAUGGUUGAAGAUGGAAGCGAUGAAGAAUGGCACGCUCAUAGUAGUGCAAGAGCCAUCAACCCUUCUCGUUCGUACCCGGCAGGACCACGCCCUCCAAAGAGGGUCAAUACAGUACCUGGAUCCGCUACUCGCUUACUUUCGACACAGCUUCCGCACGGACAUCUUUGCCGUGGAGCAGCGCCUGGCCAACUACUUCCGACACUACGGGGACCAGGACUUCGACGGCUGUUCUUCUCUCAUGGUGUCCCAACUUCCAGUUAUGAUGCGGAUCGAAUGGUUACCCCUCUUACGUGCUGUCCUGGACGAGCCCAACCUUCCACCUUCCACGCCGGUCAAACUGGCAUCUCCCGAAUACCUGUUUGGCUUAGCAGUUGACGACGCCCUACCGCCGCCGAUCGACCUGAUCAAUUACGUGCUCUUCCGCAUCGCCGCUCUCCUGCUUCCUCUUAACGAAGACUCUAAAGUGAGAGCGAACUUAGGGUCGGUCGCCUAUACCACCUUCCCAGUGAUGAACUACGCUCAGCGGCAAAGCAAGGUCUGCCUGCGUAUGUUGAACCGCUUCGAGCCCAAUCUUCCGCUACUCUUAUCCAAGGGCUUCUCGGAAAGUGUACUUGGAGGACGUGCCUUUAUCCAGUGGCUUAUGUCCUUACUUCGCCAGGCCUUUCGAGCCCACGUACUCGGCUUGCGGUUCUUCAACAACGCUCUACGAGGCCGCCUGGUAACUGGACUUGACACGAUUUCCUGGGAACCGCUCGUACCUGCGAUACUGAUCAACCAGACGUUCCUCACGCGACACGUGACCCAGGCUUACCCGGCGCACAUCCCUUCCGUUUCCGCCACAUUUUAUCGGUGGCUAACCCUGUCCUCAAGAAAGUGGUCACCGUUGCUUUGGAAAGAAAGCAACGGUAAAGGCGGCUUUCUCAGCAGCCGUCCACGGCUUUCUUACCCAUACAGGACACUCGAAAUACCGCCGUCUACGUUUAGUCUUAACUUGUACAACGAAAGCAUCACGGGAGCGCUCCAAAUAGCAAGAAUUGGGCCGAAGAUUUUCGGUGAACUUUUCGCAACAAUCCGCGAUUGGACACACGUCUACGACCAGGGCCGGCGAAACAAGCGCAAGUUUUUGCGCGCGUUCGAAGCUUCUCGCGACUGCGUAGGACGCGACUACAAGAGAAUGUCUUGGCUGCGCAAAACAGUGGUCACUCUCAUCAACGCGACCUCUCGACCUUGGCAGGACCUCUGGGAUACCAUGGCCGUACCGCUGGCCUUUGAUGCUUUUCUUCAGUACCUUAGAAAGACAGACACGCUGCUUCGAAUGGGAGCCAGAAACGGAGACGUGCUCGACGCACCUAGGCUGUUUUUUGUCUACUACGCAGCCAGCCUGUGCGAGAACGCGACACCACGCUUCCUCAGCUGGAUGUCCGAUGGUGGUGUUAGGAGCCCCGCCUGGUACAGGGUCAACGGUCCGCUUAGGAACAUGCCUGAAUUUGCGAAUGCAUUCCGCUGUAGGGCAAAGUCCUUCAUGAACCCUACUCGUAAGUGCCCCUUCACCGGCCUCAAGUAA